CGACUCUUAUCUGGCUUUCCUUAUGAUAGCCAUCACUGAUCAAUUUAUAUUGGUCAAUAGAGGAAUAGGGUGAGACAGAGAUGGAGAGUGCUGUGGUUGCUUCUCUGCUGCUGUUUCUCUUCGUUGGUUGGUCUCAUGUUGCUGAGGCACAGUUGCCAAUCCCAGCCAAGAUUGAUGGGUUUGUCUACAAGAGAGCUCCGGUCUGGGGGCACUCGGUGGUGGUGGAGGCCUUCUUCGAUCCUAUGUGCCCAGAUAGCCGUGAUUCAUGGCCUCCUCUCAAGAAGGCUCUCAAGCACUACUCCUCCAGGCUCUCUGUCGUAGUCCAUCCCUUUCCCCUACC